AUGCCGCCGUCACGUCCUACCGCGCGCUGCUGCCGAGCAGUCCAGCAACAGAUUCGGGCACCACCGGACAACAUAUGGAUCACGGACGUCGCGCUGGCGAGUGCCUUUGAGCGCUAUUGCCAUGUAUCACGAGCCGCGAGGCGGAAGUCGAGCUCCGUGCCCGGCCCGCUGGAAAACAGGGGACGACUGGGCAAGCGAAAGAUGACGGACAUGCACAUAAACACUCAGCCGACGCUGCCUCCUUGGGCAAUCGAAUUUUCGUCUGACUUGAGGCAGUGGACCUGGCAACCGCCAACAAAACGAUUAUCGGAGGAGAACAGGGUUCUACCGAGCCAGCAACGCCAAUUCGUGCCAUGGGGGAUCUCCAGGUGGUGGACGAACAAGGUUGAGCGAAAAGAGGAGGAAUCUGACACAACUGCGGUCGAGAACCAGCCUGAAAUCAAAUUCCGCAACCAGCUCGCCAAAGCCCGAGCAGCCAUUGCGGCUUCUACCUCGGACGUGAUCAGUCCGGCAUAUUUCAACUUCAUCGGGGGUUUGCAACAUGACCUCGAAUCGGGCAUACUGGAUCCCGAGAUGGUGAACAUAGCUGUAUCGACCUUUCCGUCGUCAUUGAUCGGCACAGGUGUCGACGGCGAAGUGGUCAAUGCUUCCAUCGAGAUGUUUCUUUCGGCCGUUGUCAACGGAAUCGCAUCUUCCAAGGUUUUGGGACCGACGGAGUUUGACGCGAGUCUUUGGGACCUUGUACUACGUCAGAUCUCUCAAUUACCCGCCAACGACACGACGGCUCCUCUAUUCAAGACUACCCUAGAUGCGAUCCCCCUCCACUAUGUCGACGACGUCCACGAGGGUAUUAUUGCGGUAGUGCAAAAACUAGCUAUGUGUCAUCCGCCGGAGGGCGGACGGGCCGCGGACAUUGGCGCUGCACUCCACCGUCUAUCGCCUGCCGACCAUGGCGUGCUACUGGAGAAGAUGGAAACUGCCGUCUAUGAAGGUUCGGCAGCCUUUGAGGAGGAGCCCCUCCGAAAGCUUCGCUUCCUUUGGUUGCAAACCUUGGCCCACAUGCCGCAUGUUAACACUGACUACCUUUUGGAUGCAUGCGUCAGGUCUGCCUACUUUGACCGCAAAGAGCUCAGCGUCGACCGGGAUCUCGGCCGACUACUCAUCCAACAAUGGACUAGCCGCGGGUAUCUGUGGUACCACGAAAGAGUCGAGGAGGGGUGGAAUCACGAUUCUUCCUGCCACGCAGAAUUGAACUUUGCGUCGCUGGCUGCCCACAUUUCCUUUUGGGAGCCAGCAGGUCACAGGGAAAACCGACGUGUGGCGCUCCUGAUGAGCUUGUUCAGGGCGUUGAGACGGUUGGACCGUGAGAAGGAGCUUAUGGCUUCACUGCAACGCUACUGCAAGAUCAAGAAGAAGCUAUCGAUUCUGCCGUUUAGGAAUCUCGCCAUGGCUAGUUGCGACUACAAGACCGCUCUCGAGAUAUUCAUGUUGCUGGACGAUCACAGGGCCAAGUUGAAACGUAGCCUCGCACAGCAGUGGGCCUGGACGGACUGGGCUACGGAUCAUAUCAAGUCAAUGAUCGAAGACGAUUCUAUCAGCCCCGCUUCCGUCUGGAAGGUGGUCAACUGCGGCGUCAGAAGGGGCUUCCUGAAUAAAGUGCAGGAACAGGUAUAUAUGAAGAGGAGGGCGAGGCUGAUGGAGGACAUGGCAUUGUGGUUCUCGAAAAAGUAUCAUCGAACGGACGCCAAGGCACUACGGCAAGUGUGCUUAUGCAUCGGUUGGCUCCGCGGGCACAACAUCGAGCUGUCACACAAGUCCCUUCUGGCGGUGUUGGCGGUGGUCUCAAGGGAGCUCAAGAGGGGCGAGCCUGGACGGACUCGUCGUCUAUUCUGGCUCGUGAAUCUCGUGGAACAGUAUCAGGGCCCUGAGGAGCGACGGGCCGUCGCAAAAGUGCUGGAGCGGUGGAGAAGAGCCAACGCGGACCUGUCUGUAUGCGGUAUUGAUGCGUCAAGCCGAUGA